CCGGCCUCCCCCUCCAAAGACAGUCAUGGGAGGGUGCCGGGGGCCUUCUUCUCCUCCCAGCCAGUUCUAGACCUGAGUCAAAAUGGACUUCAGCACCUGGGAGACGUCCUUAAAAUCCCCACCCUUAAAGUACUUGAAAACUUUGCUUUUGGAGAGCAACCCCAUCAAAAUGUUACCUGUGGAGCUGGGCAACGUGAGGACGCUGAGGGCCCUGAACCUGAGGCGCUGCCCCGUGGAGUUCCCGCCCCAGCUCGUGGUGCAGAAGGGCCCGGCGGCCAUCCUGAGCUUCCUGCGCGCCUGCGCCACAGAGCCAGCGCCUCGAGCAAUUUCACCCCCUGAAAAGACAACCCCAAACCAGCAGCCACGUCCCCAGUGGGAUUUACCCAAAGAAUGUGCACCCAGCAGAGAGACCACAAAUUCUCAGGGGCCAGAGGGGAGCAGGCUGGCGGAAGCGGUGGACCCGAGCAAGCUCCGGAGGUGCCCGGGGCCCUGCGAGGACUGGCCGACCGAGGGGGAGCUCAGGCGCUUCUGGAAGCUGCGGCAGGAGAUCGUGGAGAAGGAGCAGGCAGAGGUCCUGCAGGGCCAGCUCCUGGCGGUCGAGUUGCCUCCAAACUUGCGAGCCAUGCUGCGUGGCCGGGGGGACGGGCGCCCCGGCCGCAGACACACCCUCAGAAGGACGGCGCCCUCCCUCAGGGGCGCCCAGCCAGGCCUGGCUUCAGCGAACCCGGCAGUGAGCUGGGCAGGGCAGCUGGAGGAGAGGCGGGCAGCGGCGCUCCGGGAGCUCCAGGAGAAGCAGGCGCUGGUGGAGCAGCGCCGGAGAGACCAGCAGGUGCUGCAGGAGUGGCGGGAGCAGGCCCAGGCGAUGAAGAGGAAGGAGGAGGAGCUGGGCAGACGCCGGCCUCCUGGGCGGGUGCUGGUGGCAUCGGAAGUUCCCUUUGCUACAGACAUGCCAGACAAGGCGAGAGCACCAGCGAACCUACCUGGACAGAGGGCACAAAGCAAAGAGAGGUCCCUGCGAGCAGGUGACACGCUGAGAGCCGGCCACCAGGGGGCGCUGGAGGAAAGGCUGAGAUGGCACCUCCGGCAAGUGCGGGAGCAGCGGAGAGCAGCCUUUGGAGGGACGGCUCCGCUCGGGGCCAUACGGAAGGCUGCGCAGGACUCGGACGGCGACCCCUGGCCCGAGAGAGGAGAGUGGUGCCGUUGGCAGCAAGCAUGUUGUUUGGCUCUGGGGGACGGGGCCUGUGGCAACUCCACUGUGACAGGGGCAACGCUCCUGGUGUCGCAUGUCAGAGCACAGGCCACCUGCCAAAGGCACGCCUCCCAACCUCACGUGACCACCGUCUGGCCAGUGGGACAUGAACAGAGGCCAGAAAGCUCCAGGAUGAGGCGGAGGUGAAGCAGAAGCCAGGUCCGCCCUGAGCAGCCGCCGUGAGCGCCUGGCCCUCCCCGGGGACCUUCCACCGCGCUGGCCUAGCAGCCUUGGAACGUAUUUUCUAACAAGAAAUGUUAAGCACCUGGAAACGCUUGCAAGUGCUGAUGGCGAAGUCUCACACACACCGACAGACGUGUCUCCGGCCCGGCAGCCGGGCUGGGGCCGGCGGCUCCCUCGGGCGUGCGGGGUCCUGGGGCCGUGGUCUCCCCGAGCUCUCUGUGCAGGCAGCCUGCUUUUUGGGUUUUCACCCGUGUUGCUUCUCGGAGCCCUGAAGGUUUCAGUUGCCUCCAGAGGAGGAAGAGGACACUGCAGACCAGGCCCACUGCACUCGUUUUAGCAACCGGCCGCCACAAAUGUAGCAAAUGUAGCCGGGGUGUCCCUGACUCGGCUGUUUCCGCUCGGGGGAUACACUCGCCAACUCCUGCCACGCUACACGGCCUUGAGGGGCCGUGGGUGAGCGGCCCGUCACCUGCAGCACACUCUCCCCUGCCCUUCCCCCUUCCCCGUGCCCAACCCCUGCCCUGAGUGUGGGACAGUGAAAUGCUGCCGGGGCCACCCCCGCACCCAGGGUGCCCGGAAGCCGUCCCGGUCAGCCCUUUGCCAUCUCUCACGCUGGCUCCUCAGCCAGGCUCCUCUGCACACGCUGCCCCCGGGGAGGGACGCCGAGCCCCGUCGGUGGCCGCUCCCAGGCCGUCCUCCUCCUGUGGUCUCUGGGAUGCGUGUGUCCCACCUGGGGCCCAACUGCAGUCACGUCACUUCUUCCAAAAGUCCCUUUGCUCCAAGAAUCUCAGCAUCGGGCGGCAAAGCCCAUCCCUGACAGACGGCUGCAGUGGGAAUUGGGCCGGCAGCUCAGCUGGUCAGAGCGCCGUCCCGAUGCACCCAGGUUGCAGGUUCAACCCCGUCAGGGCGUGGACGGUGCACGAGUGGGCGGGACAGCAGGUCCAUGUCUCUCAGGUCAAUAAAAGAUUCAGGGUCAGCG